GUGGUAAUUCCACUUACAAGGUUGUUAGCACGUUUUCAUUUUAUUACUGCAAAGUUGGCUGUUCUUUAUAUUUUUUUUUUCAGCAUGAUAUGACUUGGCAGCUCAAUGUGUUUUGUAUGAGUGUCUUAAAGGAUUUAUUUAUUGUGUACUUUGAUCAUAUGACUUCUGCAAAGGAAUAAAUAUGUAGCAGGCUACCUGGCUUUGAAUGACACAAAAAAGUGAAACUUCUUUAUUUCUGAUAAUGAUUGGACCAUACCUCAGCAUCCUUUGAUGAAGCUAUUCUGUCUCUGUGGUACUGGGAGUUUACUCUUGCUCCUCUUGGAGUUAGAUUAAUGAAUUCUUGUGUUGCACAAGCAGACUAGGUGCUAAAUUUGGGAAAAAUAUUUCCAUAGUUGCGGCAUAAUUUGAGCUAAAUGCCUAAACCUAAAAUGGUUUCCACAGAAUUGGUAAGGUUGAAAGGGACCACUGGAUGUCAUCUAGUGCUGCCUUCCUGGUCAAGCAGGGUCGUCCUAGAGCUUGUUAUUCAGGAUUGUGUUCUGUGUUGUGGUAACUUCAACAGUGAUUUAAGCCCAUUCCAGCUCUCUAUAUUCAUCCCAGCUUAAUUUACCUUAUUUUUAAGUUGCUCUUUAGGCACUUCUUCACACUUAAAAAGUUUAAAGAUGUUUGUAAUAAUCUAAAAAACGAAUUCUUUUCAGUAGGAUGAGAAAGAAAAGACUUUUCUGUGAAUAGGUUAAAAAAAGCAAACCAAAGAACUUCAUCUGCAAAUAAAUUUGCAGUUUCUUUUCCUUAAAAUUUCAGUGGAGAACUGGGGAGUGGGAGUGUGUCACAGAGGUGCAUUUGUGUGCAUGCAUGUUCAAAUGCAAGGAGGAGAGGACCUUGGUGUGUUAUCUUUUAAAUGUGCUUGAAUAUGCAAUUGCUCAUGUACAGCUCUAUAGCUAUUGUGUGGGAUCAGAACUGAUAAUAAUUGACACAGGUACACAUCCAAUUUUCACUUUUUUUUUGUUAGUAGAAGAUUGUUCCUUUUUCUUUUUUCUUUUCUUUCAAGCGUGGUGUUCACUAUUCUUUAUGUUAAUUUCCUGCCUGUAUUGAUAGAGCACACUAAUUACUACAUUCAAUCCAGCCUCUGUCUCAUGAAUCAGAACUCUAAUGCUUCAUUUAAGGUUACCAUAAUUUAUAGUGAGAGAAGUGAGAUGAAAAAAUGCUGGGGACUUUAAAAUAUUACUUUAAAAUCUUCUUUUCUUAAUAUACUGAAUUUCUUCAGAGUUGCAUAAGACACUGGCUAGAAAUAGAAAGGUUGUGUGAGAGCCUUCCUGUGUUUGGUGAAGAGUGCAGGGCAUUGCUGGUGACAGUCAACAUCAAGUGGAGACCACCACAUGCCCUGUGCAGGCCCACCAGACAUCAGCCUGAGUUCCAUACCAGGACAACAGAGCAGUGUAACUGAGGCUUAGUACCAAACUGAGGCACUUUGACAUAGCCCAUUUGUCAGCCUGAGACUUCUAGUUCCAAAGAUAAAAGUAAUUAAUUCUUCUACUUUUGUAUUUUGCUUUAAAAAUACAUGAAAAAUACGCUAGCUAGAAAAUUAAACAUUAACCUGAAAUGGGAAUGAAGCAGUAGCAUAGGAUGGUGUCUAGAAUAUUAAUAUACACAGCAGAAAUCUAAUUUCAUUUGCUGCAGAUGAAAAAGAAAAGAAAUAAAUCUGGCUUGUGUCAUUCUGCCGGGGUACUGUCUCUGUAUAUUGUUUGUUACAUUACUUUGUGUAUUUCUUUAGAAAUGUGAAGCUCUGUUCAUCUUUCCCUUCUGGAAAGGAGAAAGAUCUUUUGUCUCCACUUCCUUUUUUCCUUUCAGUGCUCUGUUACCAGUGACAUUGAUUUUCCAAAACAAGUCAUCCCACUGAAGACUCUCAAUGCUGUUGCUUCUGUGCCUAUAAUGUACUCUUGGUCUCCCCUUCAACAGAAUUUUAUGGUAGAGGAUGAAACUGUUUUACAUAACAUUCCAUAUAUGGGAGAUGAAGUGCUUGACCAGGAUGGUACUUUUAUUGAAGAACUGAUCAAGAAUUAUGAUGGGAAAGUGCAUGGAGACAGAGGUGAGCCCAAACACUCAGAAUGUGGAUUUAUCAAUGAUGAAAUAUUUGUUGAGUUGGUCAAUGCCCUUGGUCAAUAUAGUGAUGAUGAAGAUGAUGAUGAUGGAGAUGACAAUCCUGAUGAAAGAGAUGACAAGCAAAAAGAUCGGGAAGGUAACAGGAUGGAGAAAGAAACCCACCCACCUCGGAGAUUUCCUUCUGACAAGAUAUUUGAAGCCAUUUCCUCAAUGUUUCCAGACAAGGGUACAGCAGAAGAAUUGAAAGAGAAAUACAAAGAACUCACUGAACAGCAGCUUCCUGGAGCUCUUCCUCCUGAGUGCACACCGAACAUAGAUGGACCAAAUGCUAAAUCUGUUCAGAGGGAGCAAAGCCUGCACUCCUUUCACACACUCUUCUGUAGGCGCUGUUUUAAAUACGAUUGCUUCUUACAUCCAUUCCAUGCAACUCCCAAUACUUAUAAGCGAAAGAAUACAGAAACAGCAUUAGAUAAUAAGCCUUGUGGACCUCACUGUUAUCAGCAUCUGGAGGGUGCGAAGGAGUUUGCGGCCGCGCUGACGGCGGAGCGCAUCAAGACGCCGCCGAAGCGCCCCGGCGGGCGGCGGCGGGGCCGGCUGCCCAACAACACCAGCAGGCCCAGCACGCCCACCAUCAACGUGCUGGAGUCCAAGGACACCGACAGCGACCGCGAGGCCGGCACUGAAACCGGCGGGGAGAACAACGACAAGGAGGAGGAAGAAAAGAAAGAUGAAACUUCCAGUUCCUCUGAAGCAAAUUCUAGGUGUCAAACACCAAUAAAGAUGAAGCCAAAUAUUGAGCCUCCAGAGAAUGUGGAAUGGAGUGGUGCAGAAGCUUCAAUGUUUAGAGUCCUUAUUGGCACCUACUAUGACAACUUCUGUGCAAUUGCCAGAUUGAUUGGGACCAAAACGUGCAGACAGGUGUAUGAGUUUAGAGUAAAGGAAUCUAGUAUUAUUGCACCAGUCCCUGCUGAAGAUGUUGAUACUCCUCCCAGAAAGAAGAAAAGGAAACACAGGUUGUGGGCUGCUCAUUGCAGAAAGAUACAGCUGAAAAAGGAUGGGUCAUCGAAUCACGUUUACAACUAUCAGCCAUGUGAUCACCCACGUCAGCCUUGUGAUAGCUCAUGCCCAUGUGUAAUUGCUCAAAACUUCUGUGAGAAGUUUUGUCAGUGCAGCUCUGAAUGCCAAAAUCGUUUUCCUGGGUGUCGUUGUAAAGCACAGUGCAACACCAAGCAGUGUCCCUGUUACCUGGCUGUCCGAGAGUGUGACCCCGACCUCUGCCUCACCUGUGGAGCAGCUGACCACUGGGACAGCAAAAAUGUUUCCUGCAAGAACUGCAGCAUUCAGAGAGGAUCCAAAAAACACUUACUAUUGGCACCUUCAGAUGUGGCAGGCUGGGGAAUUUUUAUCAAAGAUCCUGUACAAAAGAAUGAAUUCAUCUCUGAAUACUGUGGUGAGAUUAUCUCUCAGGAUGAGGCAGACAGAAGAGGAAAAGUGUACGACAAAUACAUGUGCAGCUUUCUGUUUAACUUGAAUAAUGAUUUUGUGGUUGAUGCAACACGCAAGGGCAACAAAAUUAGAUUUGCAAACCAUUCAGUAAAUCCCAACUGCUAUGCAAAAGUUAUGAUGGUUAAUGGUGAUCACAGAAUAGGAAUAUUUGCUAAAAGAGCCAUUCAGACUGGUGAAGAACUGUUCUUUGACUACAGAUAUAGCCAAGCUGAUGCCCUUAAGUAUGUGGGCAUUGAAAGAGAAAUGGAAAUCCCUUGACACCAGCUACCUCUUCUUUUAAACAAACAGCUGCCUUAUCUUCAGGAAUUUCUAGUACUGUGGGCAAUUUUAGAAAAAUACAAAUGAUGCAAUUUGAAAUUCUGUAUUUGCAAAGUACUGUAACAGUAAUUUAUAGUAACGAAUUUUAAAAAACCAACUUUUUAUUGCCUUCUCACCAGCUGCAAAGUGUUUUGUACCUAGGAACUUUUGCAAUAAUGUGGUGUGGUACAUUUUUCAACCUUGAAUAAAGGAUACUUGAACUUCUUCAUUUUUACUGGAA